AUGGGAAAAACUACACGGGGUUCAGUUUCGAGUAAGACAGUGAAUUUGGAUGUGGAUCCGAAUUUGAUACGUAAUAUUGGGAUUAUUGCGCAUAUUGAUGCAGGGAAGACAACGGUUACGGAGCGCUUAUUAUAUCUUGCUGGUGCAACAAAGUUUUUAGGAAAUGUUGAUUCUGGAAAUACUGUAACGGAUUUUAUGGAGUUAGAACGUGAACGGGGUAUUACAAUACAGUCUGCAGCAGUAACAUUGUUUUGGAAAAAACAUAGAAUCAAUUUAAUUGAUACACCCGGUCAUGUCGAUUUUACUCUAGAAGUUGAAAGAUGUCUUCGGGUGUUAGAUGGUGCUGUAACUGUCUUGGAUGCAUCAGCUGGUGUACAAGCACAAACUAUAACUGUAUGGCGACAAGCGAAGAAAUUUUCUGUUCCAUCAGUUUUUUUCUUGAAUAAAAUGGAUAAACAAACUGCGAAUUUUUGCAGAUCUGUUGAUUCGAUAACAGAGAGAUUGGGACUAAAAGAUCCCAUCAAUGUUUGUAUUCCCCUUACAUGUAAAGAUAAGCGUUUUGUGGCAGUUGCGGAUGUAAUCAACAAGCGCUGCUUAAAUUUUGAUUUGGAUGACGAAGCGCAAUGGACCGAUGUGAAAGAGGACUGUCCUCAAUUUGAACAAAUGAUGACUGGUCGCGAAGAAAUGUUUUCAAAAUUGGCGGACUUGGACGAUCAUUUUGCUGAUAUAUUUUUGCAAACCAGCAAUGAAGACGAUGCUUUAAAUGCAGAAGCGCUUAAUGCUAUGAGACGACUUACACUUACUCAGCGAGUUAUUCCGGUGACUUGUGGAUCAGCAUUAAGAUGUGCGCAAAGUGUAAAUCCAGUCCUUGACUUGGUCAUCAAUUGUUUGCCUUGUCCGGCAGAGAAGAAUGGUCUUAUUAAUAAAGUCUUUGGAAACGAUUUAAGUGCUUUGGUAUUUAAGAUUGGACAUGACAAAAGAUUUGGACAGCUAACCUACGCGCGUAUAUAUACUGGUGAAAUCAAGAAUAUGGAUUCGUUGUAUAAUGCUAAUAAGAACACUAUAGAAAAUAAAUUUAAUGUUCAUAUUCCGUAUAGUGAUCAGCUACAGUUAACUUCAUCUGUUAAGGCAGGAAAUAUUGCAGUUCUAACGGGUAUGAAGUCUACAGCUACAGGUGAUACACUUGUUGCAAACAAAAGAGCGGCUGAAAUGGCAAGUGAAAGGCGUCAAAAGCUAACCGAUGAAGAUCUUGCUGGAGUUUAUAAUUUGUUUUUUCAAACGACUACAGGUCAUCCUGGACGUGCAGCUGGUUCUGUAAAAUCUGUUUUGCUAGCAGGCAUUGAAGCACCUGACCCAGUUUAUUUUUGUACUGUUGAAGCACCAUCUGAAGCAUCUAAUGUAAAGUUUGAAAAGGCCUUACAAGAGCUAGCAGUAGAAGAUCCGUCACUGCAAAUACAUUAUGACAACGAAUUCGGUCAAACUGUUAUUGGUGCAAUGGGAGAGUUACAUAUUGAAGUAAUCAAAGAUAGACUUCAGCGUGAUUACGGCUUGAAUGUUUUUAUGGGGCCGUUGCAGGUCGCAUAUCGCGAAGUGAUUAAAAAUGAAGUUACAAAUACCACAAUUCUGAAUGCUACAUUUGGAGACGGUGAAAUAAAACACGAAUGUAGGAUUACUUUUAUUCUUAAACCAAGUAAAAACAGCGGAAAAUUUAAGCAG